AUGUCUUAUGUCUUUUAUUAUAUUGUUCAAUAUCUAUUUUUUCUCCAGGAGACCAGACAAUCUUUACACCUUGGUAAACCCGACAACAGCUAUUCACAGGCUUCAGCAGUCCAUUUAAGCCGCUACUCUCCGUCGCAGCCGCUUCUGCCAAGGCGACAACCGUUUGGUACCGACUUUGGCUCUCCGGACGCCAGAAUCGCGAUUGAGGCUUCUCAGCCUGGCUUUGCUGACGUGAUCGUUGGCGGUGGUGGCAUUGCUGGAGGUAAGCAGAGUGAGCUGGGUGGACCGAGCCCCCAGCCAAGCUUGGCAGGGUACCAGGCACAGAGGGCAGUCGAGGUGAGAGCAACAGCCGGUCAGCCAUUAUCGCCCACCAAUCAGUCGCCCGGGCCUUUAAGGAGUCGGAUGGCCUGCCAGAAGUGGCCCUCGGUGACGAGAAGGAAUGCAUUUUCUGAGCUCGCCGAAUCGCGAGAGGUUGGCAGAUCAGAAUCUCCUUUUCACAGACAGGGACCAGCUGAAAUGACAGGUGAAAUCGGAAAUGGAUUUCAAUGCUUCACUUUCUUAUUUGAGCAAUUCGAGCAAAUUUCUAUUGCCAAAUAG